AUGGCUCCAGCAUUUGAUCUUCCAGCUGCCUCCGACGAUAGCCCUUCGCCCCGCGCGCAAAGCCCAAUUCGAGAACCCCUCCAUGACGAUAUGGCUGCCCUCGAGGCCACCUACCGGGAGAGCAGCAUCCGAGUGGGCGAUGAAGUCGACUUCUUCGCUGCGGAGCUCGACCGUUACAACUCAGACUACAGAGAAUCGACGGUGGAAAAGCGCGACCAUGUGUUCAAGCUCAUCGACUCUUACUAUACCUACACAAGAAGGAGAGCCGAUCGGCUCCGCGAGCGUCAGUCGCAUGAGAGAUCUGCGCGGCGCGGAAGCUGGCAACGGGGCCCUUCAGCUGACAUGGACAUCGACGAUGCCGAUGACGUCAACGCCACCGGCGGCUCAGGAGACUUGCGACGAAUUGAAGAGGAGGCACAAACUUGGGAUCUCUUGCGACGAAUAUUACCCCUGAGGUACCGAGAGCCGACCCAGUCGCAGCCCAAAUCCUACAGCGACCCCCCAACCAUGUCUCGCAGGCAAUGGUGGGACGAGUUCUUACUAUCCGACUCUGCCGCGAGAGAAAAGAAGGUGGUCCUCGAGUGGCUACAAUUCAGUGCGACCCACGGGCCACCCAUUGACGAAGUCGUCAGUGAGCUUCAGCAGAGUGCCGAGAGGGGUGACAUACUCGCCCAUGGCUGGCUUCAUACACGCCACAAGAUCAAGCUGCAAAAGAGUAUGAACGGAUACCAGGGUGUGCUCGACCCCAACGACGCCGGCAUAACGGAAUCCCAUCUCGGCUCUAGGACUUUGAUUUCUCAGUUGGACCCGGAUGCAGUCGCGCGCCAGGGACGCAAAUUGGAGCCUCAGGACGAGUUCUUCGAGCGUGCCAUCUGGCUGGGUUGCUUUGAGAUGCUCCGCCGAGGGUGCACCAUGUCCGAAGUGCGCGAAUGGUGCUCGGUGAGAACAGAGCUCUGGAGGGCCGCGUGUCUCGCUCCCUUGCCUCUUUCGAGUCCCGAAGAUGACGAUCAGCCAGAAUUCGACCCAAAUUCGUUGGUUCUCUGGAGGCGAAUGUGCUUCGCAACCGCUCACGAAGGAGGGACAAGCGACUAUGAUAGAGCAGUCCACGGUCUUCUGGCGGGUGAUAUCAGCAGCGUGGAGAAAGUCUGCAAAUCCUGGGACGAUUUUCUCUUCGUCCACUAUAACGCCCUCCUCCGGACUCAGUAUGAUUCGUUCCUGAUCAAGCAGUUGGGAGAUGACGCCACUAAGAUUGCGCAACAAUUCCCGGUCUUCAAUGCUGUUUUGCAUCACGGCGACCAGUCGACAAUGGGCAGACGACUUAUUGCAGACCUAGAGGUGGACUCGAGAAUCAAGAGUGAGGCCAUUCGGACCCUAAAAGCAAUACAGGGCGCCAUAGUCUCAAAUGACUUGGAUCGUCAUAUGUACAACCAAGGCCUUGUGUUAUCGAAGCACGCAAACCAGAACCAAAAGUCCAAGCUGAUUCCCGAGACCAGCCAGUUCGCGACCGUCUAUGGGAAGAAUCAGGAGAAGUAUUUUGACUUGGCGGAUCACGACAGCCUUCGGAUAUUGGCACAUAUACUCAUUAUUGUCUCAACUCUCGAUCGACUGGAUGGUUUCUCAAAGGACGACGGCCCUCUACAAACCCGCCACCAGGUCAAGGAGCACAUAAUCGCGGCUUAUGUCAGUUACCUGCGCCUCGCCAACCUCGAGGAAACGGUUCCACUGUAUUGCUCUAAGCUAUAUGGCGCGCGACUCAACGAAACCUUGAGCCGAAACCUGAUCCACAUCGUCAGCGUAGAUGCGAGGCUAAAACAACUGACAAUUAUGAAGAAGUUGGGGUUAGACUUGGCAGAGUUUGUGAAGGCUCAACCGGAGAUCUAUCUAGGAGAUGUCUUUGACCGGUCGCUGCGUUGCGAGGCCAAAGGGAGGUUUAAGAUUGUUGAGGAUGGACCUGCGACGUUGAAGUACGGCCGGAUCAUUAAGCCGGACUUUUUCGGCGAAGAUGCAGAGUACGUCGAUGCGGAAGAUGAGCUAAUCAUUCGCUCUAUGGAGUGGCUUAUGCUAGUCCCCGGCUUGUUCGUGGAGACUUGUACCUACGCAACCAGGGUGUAUAAGUACUUCCUGAAACGCGCCCGCCUGCGUGCCGCCCGCGCCUUCAGCGAUCGUGUGUCUGGCCGCGAUAUUGCCCGAACGAAGACGCCGAUUCAGAUUAGAGCUGCCGAGGAGGACUCUGGUCCCGGCUGGUUCGAGGAAUUCGCGAACGGCGAAUUUUCGGCCGAAUUCCUUCAAGAAUGCAAUGUGGACAGCCUGAGGCUGAAAUCGAUUGUCCGGAACAUGUGGGAACUGGAGUGUCUUGUCCGGGCCUUGGACUCAAUGGAGACACUAUCGUCGUUGGCGGGUCUCAGCAGGGAGGAGAACAACAACUCACGUGAGAUGUGGCAACAUACAAGCCAAGAAGUCCGCGUCGCCAAAGCAUGCAUGCAACCCGUUCUCAAGAAUUGGCUGCUUGAAGCAAACGAUGGUGGGCUAUAUUUCUACCUCGUUGGCGGCAGCCCGCAGGCUAACAUGAUGCUAAUAGAUGAUGGAGACUUUGUCGCACUUCGAGAGGCUUACAUUCCGGAGACGGUGCUGGCAUUUGUUAGCUCACUGCACUUCGCCGGAACGUCGCUUUCGCGGGACAAUUUGCUCGAGUGCAUGGAAUUAGCAGCUGUAAUCGCGGAGAGGGGCUCUGAUGUGGCUCAGGAAUUCAUGAAGUGUGGGAGAAUGAAGGAGCUUCUUGAGGCCUUUACGUCUUGCAGUAAGGCUCUAGCAAUUUGGACAAGCGAUAAGAAGGGGUCACAGACCACUUCUAAGAAGAUGAGAGAGAUGGGAUGGUCACGAGAUGUCUGGUCCAUCAAGCCUUAG